UACCUGGGUGACUUAUCUUUCUACAAAAAAUUGAAUAUAGUUUAGGUGUGGUUUCUUACUUUAAGAAAAAUAAUAAUUUUUUUAAUUUAUACUUAAAAUUUUAUAAAUAUAUCAUGACGGGAAGACUUCCAGCUUGUGUAAUAGAUGUAGGGACAGGAUAUACAAAAUUAGGUUUUGCAAACAAUAAGGAACCUCAAUUCAUAAUACCUUCAGCUAUUGCAAUUAAAGAGUCGGCUCGUAUUGGUGAUCAAAAUGCACGCAGAAUAACGAAAGGAGUAGAGGAUCUAGAUUUUUUUAUUGGUGACGAAGCUUUUGAUGCUACCGGAUAUUCAGUUAAAUAUCCAGUUAGGCAUGGACUUGUAGAAGAUUGGGAUUUGAUGGAAAGAUUUUUGGAACAAUGUGUUUUCAAAUAUUUGCGCGCUGAACCAGAAGAUCAUCAUUUUCUCUUAACGGAACCCCCUCUUAAUACCCCGGAGAAUCGAGAAUAUACAGCUGAAAUUAUGUUUGAAACUUUUAAUGUUCCAGGGCUUUACAUAGCGGUACAAGCUGUUUUGGCAUUAGCUGCAAGUUGGACCUCAAGAUCAGUAGAGGAAAGAACGCUCACUGGUAUUGUAAUCGACAGUGGUGACGGUGUGACUCAUGUUAUUCCUGUGGCUGAAGGUUAUGUGAUUGGUUCAUGCAUCAAACAUAUCCCAAUCGCUGGAAGGAAUAUUACAUCAUUUAUUCAGAGUUUACUUAGAGAACGAGAAGUUGGUAUUCCUCCAGAACAAAGUUUAGAAACUGCCAAAGCAAUCAAAGAAAAACAUUGCUACAUUUGUCCUGAUAUUGCGAAAGAAUUUGCCAAAUAUGAUUCAGAGCCAAAUAAGUGGAUUAGACAUUACGAGGGGAUUAAUGCUGUCACGAAACAAAAAUUUGGAGUUGAUGUUGGUUAUGAAAGAUUUUUAGGUCCUGAAAUAUUCUUUCAUCCGGAGUUUUCAAAUCCAGAUUUUACAAUUCCUUUGUCAGAAAUUGUUGAUAAUGUUAUUCAAAAUUGCCCAAUUGAUGUAAGAAGGCCAUUGUACAACAAUAUUGUGCUUAGUGGUGGAUCCACUAUGUUUAAAGAUUUUGGGCGUCGUUUACAAAGAGAUAUCAAAAGAUCUGUAGAUACCAGACUUCGUAUUAGUGAAAAUCUUAGUGAAGGGCGUAUUAAGCCUAAACCAAUUGAUGUUCAAGUUAUUUCGCACCAUAUGCAAAGAUAUGCUGUAUGGUUUGGUGGCAGCAUGCUUGCUUCAACACCUGAGUUUUAUCAGGUUUGCCAUACGAAAGCAGCUUAUGAGGAAUAUGGUCCUGGAAUUUGCCGUCACAAUCCUGUUUUUGGAACAAUGACAUAAAUUUUGCAAGUAAAGAAGAGUUUGAAAACCAUUUCAAAAUGAUUGAGCAUAAAGUUUGUCAUUCCCAAAAAGAACUUUUAUUAUUAUUAUUAUUUUACACAUGGUAAAUUAUUGAUACUACUACAAAAAGUAUUUGAGCUAAUAAACAUAGUUUAGAUUAAAACAUUUUAUUAAAAAAAUAUAAGAUUGAAAAGUUGUUCUCUCAAAAAGAUAAUAAAACUUGUAAUUUGUUACUUUACGAACUGUCCAAA